AUGUCUUCUCAAGAUGAUGUGAAGACUAUGAGUACCCAGCAGGUCGUAACGUCACUGAUCGUCAACGGUGCGAUCUUUGCGGUGUUUACGACGCUUUUCCUCCUGCAGCGGCUAAAACUGAAAAGAAUCUACGAGCCCAAGUCGUCGUUUGACUUGAUCAAUGACGAGAAAAAGCCAGAGCCCCUACCUCGCGGCCUGUGGCAGUGGUUCGUGCCUCUGCUCAAAAAAUCAGAUAAUUUCAUUAUCCAACAGGCAGGCCUAGACGGCUACUUUUUCAUCCGGUACCUCUUUAUUGUCGCCUGCUUUUUUGCAGUGUCAGCGCUUUACGUGUUUCCCAUCCUACUGCCCAUAAAUGCUGCCAAUGGGGUGUUGAAGAGCGGCCUGGAUAUGCUUGCUUACACAAACGUGGACAAAAAACAGCGCUACUAUGCCCAUGUACUUGUGGGUUGGAUUUUUUACUGGUCUUUUCUGUUUGUAAUCUACCGCGAACUCGUUUACUACACGUCGCUCAGACAAGUCGUCAUGGCAUCUCCACGGUAUGCCAAAAAGCUUUCUUCAAGAACUGUGCUAUUCCAAACUGUGCCUAAACAGUUUCUGAAAGAAAGAGAGUUUUCGAAGCUGUUUCAAGGUGUGAAGAACGUGUGGAUUGCUCGAGGUGCGGGUGGUUUAGCUAAAAAAGUUGCGGAGCGUGAAAAGAUGGCUUUGAAACUUGAGGUUGCCGAAACUACUCUACUGAAAAAAGCCGUCAAAGCUAUUGCCAAAAUCAAGAAGAAGGAUCCCUCUUUUAUCCCCUCUAACAAUGUCUCGGACUAUGUACCUUUGAAAAAAAGGCCUAGACAUUCUUUGAAAUUCUUAAUAGGAAAGAAGGUAGACACCAUCGACUACAUUUCAGAAGAAUUACCAAAGCUAAAUGCAGAAGUGGAAGAGCUGCAAAAGAAACAUAUGGAGGCGGCUCCAUUCAACUCGGUCUUUGUCGAAUUCGAUUCCCAAUAUGCAGCGCAAAUUGCUGCUCAAACAGUAAUUCACCAUGAACCUCUCGCUAUGGUUCCAGCUCACGCUGGAAUUGCACCUAAAGACGUAAUCUGGUCUAAUUUGAGAAUGUUUUGGUUUGAAAGAGCUGUUCGAAAGUACCUCGCAGCUGGUGCAAUCUGUGCAUUGGUUGUACUGUGGACGUUCCCCGUUGCCUUCGUGGGUAUAAUCUCUCAGAUUACAUACCUUAUCAAAAUUUUGCCCUGGUUAGGUUUCCUUAAACGUUUGCCUACAGUUUUGUACGGAGUUCUGACAUCUUUGGCUCCUAUCGUUGGUCUUGCCAUUUUAAUGAUGAUCCUGCCUAUUUUUAUAAGGAAAAUGGCCUGGCUUUCAGGCUCUCCUUCUCUCCAGGCGGUCGAAUAUUUCACACAGCAGUCUUAUUUUGCGUUUCAAGUGGUCCAAACUUUUCUCGUCACAACGAUCGCUUCAUCAGCUACCGUUGUAGUUCCUGCAAUUAUUAAGAACCCAUCCUCCGCUAUGAAUCUUCUAGCAGAAAACCUACCUAAGGCCUCAAACUUUUUCAUUUCUUACAUUCUGUUGCAAGGCUUCUCCAUAUCAUCUGGUUUGCUACUGCAAUUGGUGACUUUGAUCUUGUUCUACAUUUUACCCAGCAACACCCCAAGAAAGAAAUGGAAUCGUUUCGUUGGCUUGGGAUCUGUGGCGUGGGGCACCGCUUUUCCCGUUCACAAUACUCUUGCCGUCAUCGUGUUUUCUUAUGCCAUCAUAGCACCCAUUAUUCUCGCAUUCGGCGCGGUAUCGUUUUUCCUGCUUUACGUGGCAUAUCUGCACAAUUUGACUUACGUUUAUAAAGAAGCGCCAGACACGAAAGGUAACCAUUAUCCGCGGGCUAUUUUUCAAACAUUUGUUGGUCUCUACAUUGGCCAAAUUUGUUUGCUUGGCCUCUUUAUCGUUGGUAAAGGAUGGGGUCCUAUCGUUAUGCAAGCUAUCAGUUUGGGAGUGACCAUUUUUAUGCAUUUGAAUUUUAAUUCCUCCUUUGAUAGGCUGAUGAAAUUUGUGCCAAUUGAUGCCAUGAAGCCAUUAGACGGCAUCUCGGAUACUCCUUCGUUCAAUUAUCGUGGAACAGGCAUUUCUAAAGAAACAGAAAUUCAAGAAUUGCCUCAGUACGCUAUUAGGAAGUUUCAACCCCGCAACUCCUUUACAAUUGACCAAAAAACUACGAGCGUGAGAAGUGAAAACACAUACGAAAUCAAUGGGAGUGUUCCUUACGACAACGAGAACAGUGUCGUCACAACGCCUCUACUUGCAGAUGGGGAGAAAAUGAGUGUGCCGCCUGCUCCGUUUUGGAAGCGUUACUUCCUGCCUCAUGUUUAUCUCUCAUACAAGGCUGUAAAAGCGGUUCUGCCAGAAAUUUACAAUCUUCCUGAUCCUAAUGAGGAAGUUUUACCGGGGAACGAGAAGCAUGCUUACGACUAUCCUGCUGUAAGUGCCAAGUGUCCAUAUCUAUGGAUUCCUCGUGAUCCUUACGGAUUCUCAACAAUCGAGUUGGCCAAUUUGCAACCUGUUGUAGACAUUUCUGAUCAAGGCGCGUUCCUGAACGAAAAGGGUCAAAUUCACUGGGAAACUUCUCCACCUUCUUAUGUUCGCGUUGACUCAAAAAAGAGGGACCCUUUCAAGGAAGAAGACGAAGAAGACUUUAACUAA